CGCUCAUAGUUCUUCCGGGUCAGUACGUACCAGGCCAGCAUGCUCAUGUUCUUUUUUUUACCCAGCUAACAUGUGUAACUAAAAUUUGAAAAUAUAAUGAGUUCUCAGAAAGGUAACGUAACGCGGUCGCGAGGCCAGAAACAUCAAAACAUCUCUGCCUUCAGAAACGACAAGUACGGAGCGACUGUACAAGUGAAGAAGGCAAAUUCAAAGAUCCACGAUGGGCUCUGUCAACAUUGUAAGGGGGUUCUUGAGUGGAAAGUGAAGUACAAAAAGUAUAAGACUCUGACGCAGGCUAAAAAAUGUGUCAAGUGUUCUCAAAAGACAGUGAAGGAUGCAUAUUACAUCAUUUGUAAGCCCUGCUCCCUUCAGCUAGAGAUUUGCUGCAAGUGUGGGAAGAAAGAGGAAAUCGUUAUACCAUUAAACUCACACGAAGACAAAGAGGAAGACGAUGAGCAAAAAAAGAAAAGAAGGGGAAGAGGGAAGAAGGACUUGGAUGAUUUGGACAGUGAUGAUGAUUAUAAUGAUGAUGAUGAUGAUGAUGACGACUUAAGUGACCUAAGAGGAGAUGAUGGGGAUAAAGGAGCUGAUUUGGAAAGUGACUCAGAACCAAAGAAGCAACAGAACGGGUCUGAUGUGCUUCCAGAUGUAUCCACAGUCAGUUUUAAAGACUAAAGAGGGUGAGAGGGUUCUUGUUACCAUGUUUUUUUUGUUUUACAUUAAUGCAAAACUAAUGUUCUACAGUACAGUAUGAUGUUUGUGACUUUUCCAUAUUCCAACGAAGUACUGCAAAUGCGGCUUGAUGCAGCACAUGAAGUACGAGUGAAUGUAACAUUGGGAACAGAAUGACUAUUGUAUACUGUACAUUCGAAAAACAAUUCUCAAACGCCGCCUGGAUAUAUAUUCUUCGCUUUCCUGUAAUAAAAACCUGUACAGUGUGGAUAUUCAUUUUAAAUUCAUGUCUCUAAGCUACAGAUUCUUCUCACAAUACCUAGAAUAAUAGUGGCUGUGAUGUAUCAGCACCUAUAAAAGCAGAAGUAGAGGUUUCCCCUCAACAUCAGGAACUGAUUCUAAAAUAUUCACCCUGUUAUGCACAAUCCGAUUUAGUAUUUCCACUGAGUUGCAUUUUUAUUUGGCCCUCCUCUCCGGAGCAAUUCACUUCGCAACUAAAACUUUGACAUUCCCAAAAAACGUUUAGGCUUGACCAAUUUAGAUUUGUGAAUUUCAAUUUGAUAUAUCUUACCUUUUAACUUGCAUGUUAGUUCACUACUGUACAGCGGAGAGAUGUUUCUGUUAGCUGCUAUGACGAGGUGCAUCAUAGACGGGAAGAAAAUGAUCAUGCUCAAGUUAAAAUGUUCCUUAGUUCCGCUUCCUGUCACAGAAUAACACGUAGUUACAUGUUUCACUAAAGGUAAUGUGUUUUCAUUCAUCUUAAGGAGGUUUAUAAAUUCAAACCUAUCGGGCAGUAUUUCAAACCUUAUGUUGUUGUUGGUGUUAUUUCAUACAACCAACAGUAUCUGAACCUGAAAGCUACUAAUGGAUGUAUCGGCUGUUAAAAAAAUACGUUUUACUUGUAGUUGUGAUGGUAUAUGUAAAAAUGACCUUUUAAUCACCAAUCGGCCUGUACUUACAUGUCUAUGACAUACGUUGUCCCCCAUUGUUACCGUAAGAUGUUUCCACUUUUUUAUUACUUUCAAAAAUGUAUCUCUAAUAUUUGCAAAACAUUGUCACUGUAUGAUAUUUAUUAUUUUUGAGAACCUAUGCCAAACACUGGUAAUGUACACAGAGAAACAAGUGUAAACGAUGACUUAAAGGAAUUCAAAAGAA